ACUACAGGAAAUGUGACAGUUUGUAUUAGUUACAGGUUUAAGUACAAAAGUAGUGGACUUUAGAGGGUAAAACUAUACGUGGAAAUUUAAAGAUGGCGAAUAGUUUGAUUGUUCUUGCCGUUUCUGUCGCUGCCUUCGCCAUUUUAAUCAACUUUUCUUUGCAUAAAGUGGACGAAGGACAUGUAGCAGUUUACUACAGGGGAGGAGCACUACUGCAAACCACAUCGGGACCUGGAUAUCAUGUCAUGUUUCCAUUCAUCACAACCUUCCGAUCUGUCCAGACAACUUUGCAAACUGAUAAAGUGAAGAAUGUACCUUGUGGGACAAGUGGUGGUGUGAUGAUAUACUUUGAUCAGAUAGAGGUUGUUAACAUAUUGUCACCGGCUGCGGUGUAUGAGAUAGUUCGUAACUAUACAGCUGAUUACGACCGUGCUCUAAUCUUUAACAAAGUUCACCAUGAAUUGAAUCAAUUCUGUUCUGUGCAUUCUUUACAAGAAGUAUAUAUUGCUAAAUUUGAUCGGAUUGAUGAAAACUUAAAGAAAGCUUUGCAAGUUGACCUCACAGAGAUGGCACCAGGAUUAUAUGUGCAAGCUGUCCGAGUGACAAAGCCAAAAAUCCCAGAAAUGAUCAGAAAAAAUUACGAGCUCAUGGAGUCUGAAAAAACAAAAUUGUUAAUUGUCAAUGAGAAACAAAAAGUUAUUGAGAAGGAAGCAGAGACUGAGCGAAAGAAGGCUGUGAUUGAGGCUGAGAAAGUGGCGCAAGUGGCUCGUAUUCAAUAUGAUCAGAAGAUUAUGGAGAAAGAAACCCAACGUAGAAUGUCUGAGAUUGAGGAUCAAUCUCACUUGGCAAGAAUGAAAGCACGAACUGAUGCUCAAUGUUACCAAGCUUUGAAAGAGGCAGAAGCUAAUUCGCUUAAACUGACACCUGAGUUCCUGGAAUUAAGGAGAAUUGAAGCUUUAGCUCAAACUUCCAAAGUUUAUUACGGGCCAAAUAUUCCGCAAAUGUUAAUGGACAGUUUCAGUCCAAUGACAGUCAAACCAAAAGCCGAAGUGGUUGCAGAAGAAUACAAACAAGAAAAUACCAAUAUGGAUUAAACCAUGGUUAUCUUCACAUUACCACCGCCUAUAAUUGAACAAUCCAUAACAGAUGAGAUUAUCAUAUUUGUGUUCUCGCUGCAAAAAACUUUUUUAACAAUUUGCUUUUUUUGUAAUUUUCUGCUCCUCCACUCGGUCUGUUGUAUUUUUACAGAUUUUGUAGCAGGCUUUACACAUGCGGACAUACAUGUGGAAUUUUAUUGAUGCCUGAACCUUUAGCCACCUAAUUAUUAUAGCCUACUCUCUCCAAUGGGUGCAAUUUGAUUCUAUGCAAAAUUAAUACGACAAAACCAUUGUAGAGAUAUCAUAAUCCCUUUUUAAUUUUAACCAAAAAAAUAUGAUCUCUAUGUCACGACUCAGUGUAUAAACAUUGCCCUCUUGUGGGGAGACCUUCCCCCACACGCCACCCCGUAAUAUCGACCAUGGUGAUGUGGCUCACUCGGUGGCGCCGCCAUCGGCUCAACCAAAAAGCUCUCUUCUACCACCUGCAGGAUACGUCUUCGAAGCGCCCGCGAGGUUUUUCGGACCUGCAAUAAAACUGCAUAGAACCCUCAAACACUUCUGUAGAAUGGGCGUGUGCCCACUACCGCAUACCUCGUUAACAGAUGUCAUGGCACGAUGACACUCAGUUGUCAUGGCAGGCGGCAUACCACUAGUGGCGAAGUCACACAUGCAUUUGUCGGUACUAUUUUCCGUCCAGGCCUGCUUCCUGUCAAACAAAUUCAAAAUUAAAACAUGUUGUUACGUACCGAAUAUUCUACAAAUGUUACUGAACAGCUACGACCUUUUUUAAACUAAAAACUGUUUCUGCCAGGCAUAUUACAUUUGUUUUUUAAGUCUUCUAUUAGUGUAUCGGUGUUUUGACUUCCAAUACAGGUUGUCUUUAUCAAGAACACCACACAACAGCGCAAAUACUGAAAGUCAAAAGAGUGUUUGCUCGAACAAUUUCAAAUGUGGUGUUUUAAAACUUCAAAUUUGUAUUUGCACUAGCUUACUGCACACCUACCUAAUGUAUUAUACUCCUAAAAAAUAUCCAUAUUUUUUAAAGACUUAAAUUUCACCCUUACGUUGGCUCUUUGUGUUUGAUAGGCCCUGCUGACUUUGCUCUUGUGUUUGUUCUCAUUUUUGAAUUCAGACUUGCGUCCUGCAGAUAAUAAAUUGUUUUAAAUAUGGCUCAACCACCAUGGUAUUCUCACCAUCUCGCUCUUUGCUGGUUUCAGCUUGCUGCCGAUCUUUGGCGUCUUUUGUCUACCGUUAGACGGCGCACUCGUGCGGCUACCGUUUAAUCCUGGCUUGUUGCUUGCAUACUGAAACAUGACUUGCUGCAAAGUAUCAUGACGUCAUGUUUUUAGUGACGUCACCGACCAUUAUUUUGUCACUUAUGUAUAUCGUGUCAUUUGUCUUAAAUUUGACAACUUGUUUGUUCUGUUUUACUCACGUGACUUCUGGUUCUUUCUUCAUAUUGUUUGUCGUGUUUGUGACGUGUUGAAGCCGCUAUGACGUCAGGAAAUAAAUCGAGAACUCGUGUGCGUUCGCCA